AUGAAGUACUCUGGCGACUUUGUCACAAUUCGAGUCGGCACUGGCGCCGCGCGAGAGACGCCCACUAUUCACGAGUACAUAAUAAGAGAGAAAUCGCAAGUCUUCCGCGCUGCAUUCGAUCGCAAGUGGAAGGAGGGCCGGUCCCGCCAGGUCGAGCUGCCAGAAGAUGACCCAAAGAUAGUUCACAGCUAUCUUGAUUGGCUCUACAGUGGUAUUCUUGAAUAA